AGUGUGGUGAUUGUCUUUAGUGGGAGAAGAAAAAUAAGAAAGAAAUUUUAUUAGAAUUGAAGAAUGUCUCUACCAAUUCAAUCUUAAACAUUCUCUGCCAUUUUCAGCAUUUAAUGGCGGCAAUUCUGGGGCGUUUCUUCUGUUUUUCAACUCCUUUUUAUAUACCCUCUUCUUCUUCUUCUUCUUCUUCAUUUCAAAGGUCUGUAGUUACCUCGACCUUUCACAAUUUUGACUCUUUCUCUCUUUCUCGCCUGCUUUUGUUUCUUUCUUUAAUUCCAAUAACUCCUUUUUCCACCUAAUUACACGCCAACCUACGUUGAUUCUUCUAUUUUUCUUCUCUUCGAGUCCGACUUCAUAAACCCUAUUAUUGCUGUUCUUCCUGAUCCCUUUUUCCUGCAGAUUCUGGCUGAACUGGAUCUAAUUUAAUAUAGUACUGGUUGAGCAUCAAGAUCAAGCACUUCAGGUUUUUUCUUUUGAAUGAAGAUUGAGAGCUUGAAGUGCUGAUUAAAAACCGAAGUUAUAGAUUAUAAUGUCUUCACCUGGCAAGAGUGAUCAUAAGGCAACUCUUGAUGCUGCCUCAUGGAUGUUCAAUGUUGUCACGUCUGUUGGGAUAAUCAUCGUCAAUAAGGCAUUGAUGGCCACAUAUGGAUUCAGCUUUGCUACAACUUUAACUGGCCUUCAUUUUGCCACAACCUCCUUGCUGACUUUUAUUCUCAAGCAACUUGGUUAUAUCCAAGAUUCUCACUUACCAUUCCUUGACAUUCUUAAAUUUGUUAUAUUUGCAAAUUUCUCAAUCGUGGGAAUGAACGUCAGCUUGAUGUGGAAUUCUGUUGGGUUCUAUCAGAUCGCAAAGCUGAGUAUGAUCCCAGUAUCUUGUUUUCUAGAAGUUGUUUUGGAUAAGGUGCAAUACUCAAGGGACACAAAACUUAGCAUUCUGUUAGUUCUAUUUGGCGUUGGAGUUUGUACUGUCACUGAUGUUAGUGUCAACAUGAAAGGUUUUGUGGCUGCCGUAGUGGCAGUAUGGUGCACUUCCUUGCAGCAGUAUUAUGUACAUCAUCUCCAACGAAAAUAUUCUCUUGGAUCCUUCAACUUAUUAGGUCAUACCGCUCCAGUGCAGGCUGCUUCUUUGCUGUUACUUGGCCCCUUUUCAGACUACUGGUUGACUGGAAAGAGAGUUGAUGCCUACGGAUUCACGUUUAUGUCACUGGCGUUCUUAAUCCUUUCAUGUACCAUUGCGGUAGGGACCAAUCUCAGCCAGUUCAUAUGCAUUGGUAGAUUCACUGCUGUGACAUUCCAAGUUCUCGGCCAUAUGAAGACCAUUUUAGUCUUGACGCUAGGAUUCAUUUUCUUUGGGAAGGAGGGCCUCAACUUACAAGUGGUUAUAGGUAUGGCCAUUGCAAUUCUAGGAAUGAUCUGGUAUGGCAAUGCCUCAUCUAAGCCAGGAGGGAAGGAGCGUCGUAGUUUUUCGUCAACAAGCAGUAAGGCAUUAAAGCACACCGGAUCAGAAUCUUCGGACCCUGAUGAAAAGGUCUAGAGUUGAGUAGAAUCCAUAGUUUUUAUUCCUCCCUUCAAUAAUAUCCAUUGAAGAAAAAAUAAAAGGGAAAUGAUACAGAGAGAGAGAGAAACAAAAGAAAAACACUGGAUGUUUAACUUCAGUAGAUUCCAGGAGAUUCUCGACACCUAAUUGGCCGGCCCCUCACUGAUUUUAGUUCAUUAUAGCUUCUUUUUUCCCCUUUCUUUUAUUAACAUGAAAAGGUAUGUCAUCUUCUGAAAGGAUGCAGCCCAAAGUUUCCCCCUACAAAAAGUUUACAAUGUUACAGAGACCACAGUUAUCAAUAGUAUAGAUAUUUUAAUCUCACAUGUCUUGUCGCUGUUCCAACAUUUUAGUUCAUUGGUUGACAAUCAAAUGAUAGUAUUUUAUGCUCUGCUGAU